AUGCCGCCUGGCGGCUUUGAGGACGCACUGCCGGACUCGUUUGGCAGACAUAGCGGAAAGGGGGAGCUGAGCACUGUGAAUCUGCACAGUAAACGGCAGAAUGCACGACGCGUAAAGAGGUGUCGGCAAAAGCUGCGGGUGCCGCCGGCGUCUUCGCCUCCCCCGACACUCACCAAGGUGAAAGGUGAACUGUUGCACCUCAUACAGCAGACGCGGGAGGCGCGCGAAGAGGCCCUGUCAAGACCCGCAGAGGUGGUGGGCAUGAGCGCUGCCGAAGUGUCGUCCCCUCUGUCUGCAAGCAGGGUCCUACCGACAGAGGUUGCCGAUAGUAUUUACCAAGGCGAGGAGAAGGAGAGCAGGCCAACGUUUCACUCACCGCACACCACCUUUUUUGGCUGCGAGACUGGCGACUCCGCAGCAGCAGUGAGUGCGGCGAGCGCGUCAUCCCCGGUUUUGUCACUCGCCGUGACGUCAUCACCAGAAGAGGCGUGGCCAUCACACGAGGAUGCCAUGGAGCGGCUCUACGCCGUCAAGCCGACAAGCACAAUAUUCGGGAGCGACCUUGACAGACUCGAGCGAGACAUGAUGCGGGAGUACCACCAGAGGGGUGCCAGGCUUCCACCGUGUGACCGGGUGUACGCCGAGUUUGGUGGCAGCCAACGCGGUCGGCGAAUGCAGUGGGAGCCGUCAUCGUCCUUUGAUCAUCUUGCCGCCUCCGAUUUCCGCUUCGCUGCUCGUAGCGAAACAGUCGUUGGAGAUGCUACUAACCGCAACUUGGCUGCAUACCAUUUUUACGCUGAGGCAUACCAGGCGCAACAGGAGGAGAACAGGCGGCUUCAAUGCAGCAGGACCACAAACAGCAAGGGUAUCAGCCUUUGCCGCGUCGACCGAGGCGCUAGUGUCGGCGCCAACACUGAUCUUCCCGCCUCGGAGAAUCCUCACUUUCCCGCCGAAGGCCCCGAUGACGCGGAACAGUUGAGGACUUUGUUAUCCGCAGACGUCGGCGCGCCCGACAUGGCGCUCCUUGGCGGUGUCAGCAGCGCGCCAAAGGAGGUCGUAGUGGACGCGCGGACGGACUACAAGUCGCGGCUUUCGAUUGUGCCAACUCCACCCUGCGAAGGCGAGGACACGAACUGCAUCGUUUAUGACGCGUAUCAUCAGAGACCAACCGACAACACACUUCUGGAGGUGCGCGGUGUGGAUUACUGGGUCGACGAUGAGAACAGACGUCGUGUGGAAGAACGUAGUGCAUAUCGGCAAGAGGCAAUUGCGAGAGAGAUGCUGCAGGAAGGGGCCGUGGAUACCAGCGAGACGGAGUACAGCACGAACAAGGUUCGCAAGGAGACGCUUCUGUACUUUCAGGGGCACCCAAUCAACGAGAUGAUUCAGGAGCCUUUUGUCCGCAUUCGCCAGUUCAUGCCUCCCGGUGGUGGCCCCAGAGUCUCCUUCAACCCUAACGAGCCGCUGCCGGUUCCGCCGGACAGCGAGUAUGACGGGCGAAGCGUCAUUGAGUCUGUCAAUAUGGACGUCGACAUACCUGUUUCAGCAGCACGGCGGAUGGCGCAGGAGCUGGGUCUGGAUUUGAUUCGCAUUGGCGCCCUUUACUCACAGAAGACGGACCGCCGCAUCAUUGCGCUGUGCAUGAUCGGUGACCACCGUGAGCACAUGCGUGAGAUGAUAAAGUUCAAAAUUCAGAAGCUCGGCGUACAGCCGCCACCGACGAAGGAGUGCAUUGAGGUGCCCUUCAAGGGUGGUACUCAUCCACACGCGAUACGCUUCAAGUGCGUAGGUGUAGCCAAGCAUCUUCUCCAUCGCCACGUGAUUCGGAUCAACUUGACCAAGUUCGGCACCCCACGUGAGGGAUUUCCCGUCUUUCAGAGCAUUCUGGAUGAACUGAAGCGGCAGUGCAUGCGGCUGAAGGCGUACCAUACCGCGGGUCAAAUCCAGUCGAACUACGACGAGAUUUUCUGCUACCUAUACCCCUCCACAGGACGAUCUCCGAAGGCUACUGUGACGCACCCUACUCCGCAGGAGACGAUGGAGGCGCGCGAUGAUCGCAUUCUCGAGAAUGAGAAGGAGAUUUACUUUGACGAUCUGCAGGACAAGGUCACGCGGAAGCAGCGACUGCAGUACAAGCUGAAGCUUGAGAAUGGCACGGCGUGGGCGGAAAAGGAUGAGGGCAUGUCUCUGCAGCGGCAGCGUGCCAUCAAGGUGAUGCUCGGGUACCUGCCGAAGGGGAACAGAGAGUUGUACGCGGCCCGCGGUGAUGUGAACAUUCCUGCUCCGUUCCGUGCCAGUCACCCGACAUCGGUGUACAAGUGGUCGUACCCAUCCGAGUCCAACUUGGAGCAGGCAAGUCGCGGCGCGGCUGCAUUGGGUAAGCGUGCCGCCAUGCCCAUUAGCGAAAUGCACGACGCUGGAGAGACACCGGAGAACCCGACACAGCUUGAUCGCUUUUACUACACGGCGCAAGGCCCCGCCCUCGAGAUGGGCGAGUUCAAGGAGGCGCUAGGGCUCAAGGACAACCGGGUGCGGCGUCCGCCUAUGGGGGCCGGGUUCGCCACGCUGGGUGUUGAGGCUGCGGACGAGGCUGUACAAACAGGCUUUGCGACAAAGUAG